GAAAUAUCUAAUUUUUGUGAGGACAUUUAUCCACAAUCCAUUCUUCCAACUACACUCCCUCCACGUCAUAGUCCAUGGCCACCACCGCAACUCACUGUCUCCAACUCGCCGGCGCCACCGUAUCCACUCACCGAAGAACUUCCGUUUCCUGCAAGAAGAAAUCGGAUAAGAUUGCAUUCAAGGAAACGAAAGAAGGCUUCGUCGACUACGACCGAGGCCUGCACGACGUCUCCACCAAAAUCUCCGGCCUCCGCAAGGACAACAUCGCCACCCGCUACCGCGUCCGCGUCGCCGGAAACCGCUUCCAGAAGGACUGGACAGUUUCCGAGGUCGCCGACCUCGUCCUCUCACUCGACCUCUCCGACGACAUCGAUGGCCUACUCAACCGUUGGAUAGGCCGCUUCGCACGCAAGAAUUUCCCCUACCUCAUUAAGGAGUUGACGCAGCGAGGAUCCAUUGAACAAUGUAAUCGCGUGUUCAGGUGGAUGAAGUUACAGAGGAACUACUGUGCGCGUAAUGAUAUAUACAACAUGAUGAUUAGGUUGCACGCUCGUCACAACCGAACGGACCAUGCGCGUGGAUUGUUUUUUGAGAUGCAGGAAUGGAGGUGUAAACCGGAUGUUGAGACUUACAAUGCUCUUAUCAACGCACAUGGUCGAGCUGGACAGUGGCGUUGGGCUUUGAAUAUCAUGGAUGACAUGCUGCGUGCAGCUAUACCGCCGAGUAGGUAUACUUAUAACAACUUGAUAAAUGCUUGUGGAUCUAGUGGGAAUUGGAAAGAAGCACUCAGCGUUUGCAAGAAAAUGACAGACAACGGUGUUGGGCCCGAUCUUGUUACUCACAAUAUUAUUCUGUCUGCAUUUAAAAGCGGUGCUCAGUAUUUGAAAGCACUGUCAUAUUUUGAACUAAUGAAGGGAACUCAUAUUCGUCCUGACACAACCACACUUAAUAUUGUUAUCCAUUGUCUAGUAAAGCUUCAACAAUAUGACAAAGCUAUAGAUAUUUUUAGUUCCAUGAGGGAGAAGAAAUCAGAAUGUACCCCUGAUGUUGUUACAUUCACAAGUAUCAUUCACUUGUAUUCUGUGUGUGGGCAAGUUGAAAAUUGUGAAGCUGCAUUUAAUAUGAUGCUUGCAGAAGGGCUGAAACCUAAUAUAGUCUCAUAUAAUUCACUGAUAGGUGCAUAUGCUGCUUGUGGGAUGGACAAUGAGGCACUUUUGGUUUUCAAUGAGAUAAAAAGAAAUGGUUUCCGCCCUGAUGUUGUAUCAUAUACGUCUCUCCUUAAUGCUUAUGGAAGGUCACAAAACCAAAAAGCAAGGGAAAUAUUUGAUAUGAUGAAGAGAAACAAGUUGAAGCCAAACCUUGUCAGUUACAAUUCACUUAUUGAUGCCUAUGGAUCUAGUGGUUUUCUGACAGAUGCAAUUGAAGUCUUGCGAGAAAUGGAAGAAGAUGGAAUUCAACCAAAUUUGUUUCAAUAUGCAUACUCUGGCUGCAUGUGGACGAUGCAGUCGGAGGUGAAGAUUGACACAGUCCUAACAGCUGCUAAGAUGAGAGGAAUUAAGUUAAACACCAUUGCAUAUAAUUCAGCUAUAGGAAGCUAUAUGAAUGUAGGGGAAUAUGACAAAGCUAUAGACUUGUACAAAUCUAUGACCAAGAAAAAAAUUAAAACUGAUACUGUUACCUACACUGUGUUGAUUAGUGGUUGUUGUAAGAUGUCAAAAUAUGGUGAAGCCCUAUCUUUUAUGGAAGAAAUGAUGCAUCAAAUUCCUUUGUCCAAAGAGGUCUACUCUUCUGUCAUAUUUGCCUAUAGCAAACAGGGCCAAAUUGAAGAAGCAGAGUCUACAUUUGACUUGAUGAAAUCAUCUGGUUGUUACCCUGAUGUGGUUACAUACACCUCCAUGCUUGAUGCUUACAAUGCAGCUGGGAAUUGGGAGAAAGCUUAUGCACUCUUUGAUGAAAUGGAAGCAAGUGACAUCAAGCUAGAUACCAUUGCCUGUGCAGCCCUAAUGAGAUCUUUUAAUAAAGGUGGUCAACCGGGAAGGGUUCUUAGUCUAGCACAAAGCAUGAGAGAAAAAGAAAUUCCUUUCACUGAUACCAUAUUUUUUGAAAUGGUAUCUGCCUGUAGCAUAUUACAAGAUUGGAGGACAGCUGUUGACAUGAUCAAGUACAUAGAGCCCUCACUUCCUCUAAUUUCAUCCGGAUGUUUGAAUCAGUUGCUGCAUGCUUUAGGAAAAAGUGGAAAGAUUGAAACUAUGUUGAAGUUAUUCUUCAAAAUGUUGGCGUCAGGUAUUGAUGUUAACUUAAACACUUACUCUAUUUUAUUGAAGAACCUUUUAUCAUCUGGAAAUUGGAGGAAGUAUUUAGAGGUAUUGCAAUGGAUGGAGGACGCAGGCAUUCAUCCAUCAAAUGAAAUGUUCCAUGAUAUAUCUUCGUUUUCACAAAAAUGCUGUGGGCACGAAAAUGCUGCUGUUAUAAAAGAAAGACUUGGUAUGAAUAUUAAUGUUGCAUUGAAUGAUUGUUUUUCCUUAUGUUCAUAUGAACGUGCUUUUAUUCUUUUAGUAGAGGUUUGCCUUAGGCAUGUAAUUGGAUGAAUGUGCUCCUUUUAGAGGGUGGGAGGGGAGGGGAGGUUUACCAAAAUCAGGCUCAAUACUAAUAUCACAACAAUGCUUCUAUGUCCCUAUGCU